ACAUUAUUUAAUUCAUACAUUAAGCUCUUCCUAAUCUCUUGUAUUAACUAUAUUUUACUUAGUAACAUAUGUUACAUCAAUAUUGCUAUGACAAUUGUUCAUAGAUUCAAACUCACUUUAUAGUGCAAAUAAACAAUUAAAUAUUUAUAAAUGCUUAUAAACGAUUUCUUUCUUUGGAAUAUAUUGAUUACUAACCAAUAAAGCCCGGAUAAAUCAAAAAUAUAAUGGCAACGGCAAUAAAAGAUCGCACUAUUCCUACUAUGGAUACUUUGGUUAAAUACGAUAAUCCAGUCUUAGUUACAGUCCGUCCAGAAAAGGCACCUAAAGAACAAGCACCCAAAAUCGGAGUAACAGUCUGUAAAGUUGAAACUACUAUUCCUACGCUUGAUACAAGAUAUGAAACUUCUGAAAUUCUUAAUAGAAUUUUGCCACCUAAACAAUGGGAAGAGGAUGGUCAAGUUUGGACUCAAAAAAUAUCAAGUAUACCAGCAACAAGACUAGAUGUUAUUAAUUUACAAGAACAUCUAGACAUGAAAUUGCAACAAAGACAAGCAAGAGAAACUGGCAUUUGUCCAGUACGUAGAGAACUUUAUACGCAAUGUUUUGAUGAAAUAAUACGCCAGGUGACAAUAAACUGUGCAGAACGUGGAUUACUUUUACUUAGAAUUCGAGACGAACUUAAGAUGACAUUAGCUGCAUACCAAACUUUGUAUCAAAGCAGUAUUGCUUUUGGUAUGCGUAAAGCUUUACAAGCUGAACAAGGAAAAGAAGAUUUAAUUGCUGCUGCAGAUGAGCUACAAUUACAGAAGGCUGAAUUAGAAAAAACAGUUAUUGAAUUAAAACAGAAAUCUGAACAGGCUGAAAGGAGAGCAGCUGAACUACGGGAAGCUGAAGAAAAAAAGCACAUGGAAGAAAUACAAUUUUUGAAAAAGACAAAUCAGCAGCUGAAAGCACAGUUAGAGGGAAUUAUUGCGCCAAAAAGAUAAAAUAAGCAUAAAUGAUAAUGCACGAUAAAAGAAGAUACAUUAUUUUUUAUGAAUACUUUCAAUUCCAUUUAUUUUAAUUUCGUAAUAGGGCCAAUAUAAAAACG